GGUAGUCCCAGAGUCUGGGAGGGUCCAGUUGGAGGUGAGAGAGGUGGCCGUUGCCCCAGAAUCUGGGAGGGUCCAGUUGGAGGUGAGAGGAGUGGCCGUAGUCCCAGAGUCUGGGAGGGUCCAGUUGGAGGGUGAUAUGGAGGUGUUGGGGAGGGAUGUGGUCCAAGAGUGGGAGUGCUCUAGGAAUGUAGUACCUUCUGCAUUCGAUAGUCACUUCCACUUGGACCGGAGUGGUCGAGUGCUCCAGGUUUAUUCACUGGAGAGGUUAAUAGGGCAUGCUGAGGGGCCUGUCCCGGAAGUGCCAGUGCAGGUGAGUGGUGGAGUUGCCGUUUUCUGCGAUCCUGCCACUUACCCAGAGGUAUACCCUUGUGCACCUGGUUUCGGGUCGGCUGUUGGGCUGCAUCCGAAAAAACCUCAUGCCAGUGUUGAAGGAGCAGUGAGAUUGGUAGAGGAGGAGUUGAGAAAGGAGGGGGUGGUGGCUCUGGGGGAAAUAGGUCUAGACUGGACCACACCUGAACAGGAAUGGCCCUUGCAGGAGCGCAUGUUUGUGGGGCUGCUGGAGCUGGCUUGUCCUAGACGGCCAGUAAUUUUGCAUCUCCGGGGGCAGGACAGAUACUCAAGUGAGGUUAGUGCCCUCGCACUUCGGUUGAUGCGAGAAAACACCAGUCCCACACAGCGGGUGCAUCUGCACUGUUUUGGUGGUAAUCUGGAUCAGGUGCUUGGGUGGUCGACGGCUUUCCCUCGGUGCUACUUCAGCAUCGCUGGAUCAGUUGCCCAGUUCGACGAGAUACAGCGGGCAGCUGUGCGAAGGAUCCCUCUGAAUCGUCUGUUAGUAGAGACUGAUUCGCCAUACCUGCGGGUACAGCGACAGUGGCAUAACACUCCAGCUUAUGUUGGAGAAGUUGCCCGGAAAGUUGCACAGAUCCGACAGACGACCCUUGAUGAAAUUCUCCAGGCCUCGCUGGAGAAUGGAAGGUUGCUCUAUAACCUGUAAGGGUCGUCCGGCGGAUAAAUGUUAAGUGUUAUGUGUUGUUAUGUGUUGUUAAUGUCAAUAAAUGUCCAAUGUUUAGUGUUGUGAUGAUGUUGAUGAGCGGAUUGGUGGAAGGUGGAAGUGGUCCAAGAGUGGGAGUGGUUUCGGAAUGCAGCGCCAUCUGCAUUUGGUUGUCAUUCCCACUGGAUCCAAGUUUAAGUAGCCGGUAUUGCGGGUCCAGUGGACUCGUACACCGAGAAAAAAGCGGGGGAAGUGGUGAAUGGAUUGGUGUGGUUUUGACCAGAUUUCUGGUGGGUCAUGUGGGGGAAGGGCUAUGAGCUGUGUGGUGUAAUAUAUGGUGUAACCCGGGGACGGGCAGCUCAGUGGGUGGGAAUAAAUAAUUUUUAUAUUCUCCUGAUGACUUAAACUGAUAACCUUAGAUUUGGUUAUGUAUUAAAAAAUUGUAAGGUUAAACCUUAGACGGGAAUAGGAAAGCUAAAUUGGGCUAGGGAGGGGGGCUUGUUAGAACGGGGAGGAGUGUGGUGGAGAACGGUUCGACUUGGCCGUUCGGACCCCAUAUGCGGUGACUUCUGGGAAAUGGUCUUCAGUUCCGGUUCUGCUAUUCCUAGACGAUUGUGUUGUAUUACGUUUUCCUUGGAAAUCCAAGAUGUCCUGGGUGAUCCUCAGUUCGAGUGAUCCAAGCCAGCGA